GUCAUUAGCGUGCGCCGGAAAAGCAGAAUUGUUUGCUGCACGUGUAACAGAGAUGUCUCAUAUAAUCUAUCAGCCGCUACCUCCUGAAGAGGCAAAGCAAAUAGGAUUACAGCUUCACCCUCCAGAGAAAGCAGAAUUGUUUGUCAAUGCCUUCCUAAAGCGUAGUAUGCCGAACCUGAGGAAGAAAACUCUCCAGGAGUGCUUGGAGAGGAAGGCCGUUGUUCUAGAGCACAGCUACAAAAAGAAAAAGAAGAAACGGAGCAAAUCUAAAGGUUUGUCUGCAAAGCAAAAGCGAGAGAUGAGGCUGUUUGACAUUAAACCAGAGCAGCAGAAGUACGAGAUGUUUGUGCCACUGCAUGACCUGUGGAAGCAAUACAUCCGGGACUUGUGUAAUGGGCUCCGGCCUGAUGCUCAGCCCCAGAUGAUUCAGAAUAAGCUGCUGAAGGCUGAUCUGCACGGAGCACAAGUCAUGGUCACAAAAUCUAAAUGCCCAUCCUAUGUAGGGCUGACUGGAAUCAUUUUACAGGAAACUAAAUUUGUAUUUAAGAUAAUCACUAAAGAAGAUAAACUGAAAGUUGUUCCCAAGUUAAACUGCGUCUUUACUCUGGAAAUUGACGGAUUUAUAUCGCACAUCUAUGGAAGCAAACUGCAGAUGAGAUCCAGCGAGCGAUCUGCCAAGAAAUUCAAAGGCAAAGGAAGCAUAGACUUGUAACCUUAUGUGUAACAUACAGAGACUGCUCUGAGACAUCACUGACUUCUUCUAUGGAGAUGGGUGAAAACCUCAGAGAAAUAGCACUAAGUGAUUAACAGUAAAGCAGUUUAUUUCGUGUCUGCUGGAAUAGAGUGAUGAUGAAACUUCCUUACAUCUAAUAAUUCCCAUGAGGACACAAUAUCCUGAACCAUUAAACUGCUGCCUUACCCUGUGAUGUCAUUAAAAUGUUUGGAAUAUAA